GUAGCAGCUUCCGCAGUAAACUUUAUGUAGUAAAUAGGCACUGGACGGAGAUCAUUUUGUUUGUUGUCCUGCGAAAAUGGGUCACUUUGUUUUUCUCAUUUUAGCGGUUUUAUUUUCCGUCACAUCGACUCAGUUUAUACCUCCGUAUACAGAAGACUGUCGGACAGGCAUGUAUCCUCCAAAUGGUCCCACGUUCAAAGGAUCUGUCCCUUGGUACACGGUGGAUCUCGACUUACCGCCCAGCAAGAGAUGGUCGGCUCUGAUUACUGACAAAAAAACAGACCUGGUCAACAUGAUCCAGGCCAUCAAAGACUUGGCUAAUGCUUUUGUGCCAAGUGGGAAGCUGAUAGAGAUGGUUGACGUUACACUGCCUUUGAUGGUGGAAACGCUGCCGUACCCGUUCAGUGAUGAAAUCAAAGGAAUUGCAGCUGUUUCAGGCGUUCCUCUUGGUGAAGUUGUCUUGUUCAACAUCUUCUAUGAGGUUUUCACUGUGUGCACCUCGGUUGUUGCAGAAGACUCUAAAGGUAACCUCUUUCAUGGUAGAAAUCUGGAUUUUGGAUUAUUUAUGGGCUGGGAUGCCAAAAACAAGUCAUGGAUCAUUAGUGAGAAGCUGAAGCCUCUGGUGGUCAACACCGAGUUCAAGAGAAAUAACCAGACAGUCUUCAAAUCUACAAACUUUGCUGGAUAUGUUGGCAUGCUGACUGGCAUCAAGCCUCACAUAUUCACUCUGACUAUGAAUGAGCGCUUCAGCCUCGAUGGAGGAUACAUUGGAAUCUUGGAGUGGAUCCUGGGAAAGAGAGAUGGGAUGUGGAUGAGCUUUCUCACUCGCUCUGUCCUAGAAAAUGCAACCAGCUACGAGGAGGCCAAAAAUCAGCUGGCUCAGACCAAGCUGCUCGCUCCAGCCUACUUCAUCCUCGGGGGAAACAGCACAGGCCAGGGCUGCAUCAUCACCCGGUCCAGACUGCUCAGUAUCGAUGUCUUGGAGAUUGACCUGAAGCUGGGCCGGUGGUAUGUCCUGGAGACAAACUAUGACCACUGGAAGGAGCCUCUUUUCCUAGAUGAUCGCAGAACUCCGGGCAUGAAGUGUAUGAACCAGACCACACAGACUAACGUCUCACUGAAGACCUUGUACGACGUGCUAUCGACUAAACCAGUGCUGAACAAGUUGACCACGUACACAACACUGAUGCAAGUGUCCAAAGGCAAACUGGAAUCGUAUAUCCGUGACUGCCCAAACCCCUGCAUGCCCUGGUGAUCCUCUAAGCACUGAAUCCUGAUCAAAACCUGUGGCUGUUCCUUGAAAUGUUUGCCCAGCAACGACUUAAAUCACCUAAACCAAAGCUUGUCUCAACCAUGAUGUCAGUGUGACGUUUCUGUUGCAUUUUUCAAACGAUUAACGAAUACCUAAAGCUUUGAUCGAAAUACUAAACACCUUUGUUGUGAGGGGAAAUUGGUACAGAAGUGAAUCAGCCUUUCACUUCUUCUUUUUGUUUUUACUGUAAAUAUGAUUGUAUGAGUUACAGGAUGAGUCCAUCAGUGGUUCUCAACAUGGGCUUAGGGACCCCUGAUAUGAAUUCUGAUGUGUUUCAGUUUAUGCUAAAUAUUGUUUCAGCACGUUUGUUAAGUUUCUAAAAAUCAGAAGCCAUUCUGUGCCUGCACACUGUGACACUGUUGGGUUUAGUUUGGUUCUUGUUUCUAACCAGGGUUACAAGUCAAAAAAGUUGGUUAUUUAGGUUAUUGGCCAUCACCAUGACUACUGACCAUUUCACACAGUAACACUGACCAAUGUACCGCAUAGCUGACUGCUUCCUUUUUUUUUUUUUUUUUUAAAGAUGGUUAAUAAAAUGAUUCCCUAAUUGAGUUUC